UUGCUGGAUCAGAGGCUUUAAAAUCUUUUUUCAUCUUCGAGCUGUGGCUCGGGCUGCUCGUCGGCUCGGCCUCCCCCCUUUUGCUCUCUGCCUCGCCUUUCCCCAGGACUUCGCUAUUUUGCUUUAAAAAAAAAAAAGGCAAGAAAGAACUAAACUCCCCCCCUCCCUUUCCUCCAGCCGGGCUGCACCUCUGUCUUGCACUUUGCACGGAGAGAGCGCGUGAGGGAGAGAGAGGAAAGGAAAGAAAAAAAAAAAUAAUAAAAAGAGAAGGCGAGAAGCAUGAAGUGUUAACUCCCCCGUGCCAAGGCCCGCGCCGCCGGACAGCCGCCCGCCGCGCCUCCAGCCCCGAGCGGCCGCCGCGCGCGCCCCGCCUGCAGCCCGGGCCGGCGAGGCGAGCCCUCCUUAUGCAAAGCGCGCAGCGGAGCGGCGAGCGGGGGACGCCGCGCACCCGGCCGGGCUCCUCCGGCUUCGCCGCCGCUGCCGCCGCCGCCGCCACCGCAGCCCGCGGAGGACCUUCCCGAGCCUGAAGCCGCCGGCUCGGCACGCACGGAGGCGAGCAGGCGAGGAGGGGCCGGGGCGAGCGAGCGAGCACAUUGGCGUGAGCAGGGGGGAGGGAGGGAGGGCGCGGGGGGCGCAGGCAGGGCGGGGGGUGUGUGCGCGCUCGGAGCUUUCGGGCCAGCCACCGCCGCGCGAGCUAGAAGCGCCCCAGCCCGGCAAGCUGGCUCACCCGCUGGCCACCCAGCACAGCCCGCUGGCCCCUCUCCUGCAGCCCAUCUGGCGGAGCGGCGGCGGCGGCGGCGGCGGCAGGAGAAUGGCAUCAGAACUGGCAAUGAGCAACUCCGACCUGCCCACCAGUCCCCUGGCCAUGGAAUAUGUUAAUGACUUCGAUCUGAUGAAGUUUGAAGUGAAAAAGGAACCGGUGGAGACCGACCGCAUCAUCAGCCAGUGCGGCCGUCUCAUCGCCGGGGGCUCGCUGUCCUCCACCCCCAUGAGCACGCCGUGCAGCUCGGUGCCCCCUUCCCCCAGCUUCUCGGCGCCCAGCCCGGGCUCGGGCAGCGAGCAGAAGGCGCACCUGGAAGACUACUACUGGAUGACCGGCUACCCGCAGCAGCUGAACCCCGAGGCGCUGGGCUUCAGCCCCGAGGACGCGGUCGAGGCGCUCAUCAGCAACAGCCACCAGCUUCAGGGCGGCUUCGAUGGCUACGCGCGCGGGGCGCAGCAGCUGGCCUCGGCGGCCGGGGCCGGCGCCGGCGCCUCCCUGGGCGGCAGCGGCGAGGAGAUGGGCCCCGCCGCCGCCGUGGUGUCCGCCGUGAUCGCCGCGGCCGCCGCGCAGAGCGGCGCGGGCCCGCAUUACCACCACCACCACCACCACCACGCCGCCGGCCACGGCCACCACCACCACCCGACGGCCGGCGCGCCCGGCGCCGCGGGCAGCGCGUCCGCCUCGGCCGGUGGCGCGGGCGGCGCGGGCGGCGGUGGCCCGGCCAGCGCCGGGGGCGGCGGCGGAGGCGGCGGCGGCGGCGGCGGCGGCGGCGGCGGGGGCGCGGCGGGGGCGGGGGGCGCCCUGCACCCGCACCACGCCGCGGGCGGCCUGCACUUCGACGACCGCUUCUCCGACGAGCAGCUGGUGACCAUGUCGGUGCGCGAGCUGAACCGGCAGCUGCGCGGGGUCAGCAAGGAGGAGGUGAUCCGGCUGAAGCAGAAGAGGCGGACCCUGAAAAACCGCGGCUAUGCCCAGUCCUGCCGCUUCAAGAGGGUGCAGCAGAGACACGUCCUGGAGUCCGAGAAGAAUCAGCUGCUGCAGCAGGUCGACCACCUCAAGCAGGAGAUCUCCAGGCUGGUGCGCGAGAGGGACGCGUACAAGGAGAAAUACGAGAAGUUGGUGAGCAGCGGCUUCCGAGAAAACGGCUCGAGCAGCGACAACCCGUCCUCUCCCGAGUUUUUCAUGUACCCAAGGGAAUCCUCUACAUCAGUGAUGUGAAAAACCCUGUUGCCUGAAGUCAAAGAGGUGUGGUGGACAGAGUGAUCGAUUGGGUUUGAGGAAACCUCACAUCUUUCGCCUUAACCAGCAUGCAUCUCCUGACUCAUGGAGCCAGGCCUGAUGUUAGAACAUCACGCAUUUUGGGUGAAGCUGUACAACCAGCAUCCGUGGUCGUUGGCCAGCUUUCCCUGGGCCUCGUAAACAUUCCAAAUUUACAGACUCUUAGGAUUCACUCCAUACUCACAUUUGGAAAGUUUGGUGUCCCGUCAAAACACAGUAUGUCCCGCCCCCCACCCCCGUAUCCAAAUGUGACUUUGGAGCCACCGCCCGCUUCGAUUAUAGGCAGAAGGAAAGAGUGAGAGACGGGUGGGAGGCAGAAAUCUCAUUCUCCUCUAAAAAAAAAAAAAAAAAAAAAAAAAAAAAAAAAAAAGAAAUUAAGAUAUUUAAAUCGGUUCUCAAUUGUAAGCAUCCCAGAGUGAAUUUAAUAAUGAAACCUCUUCAUUUAGAAAGUGAGUCUGACACUUGUACCCCAACAAUUAUUUAGUGUCAUUGUUUUAUGUGUUCUUGUGACCUCUUAUUGGCUAAUGGAACAAAGUUUGAUUUUUUUUUUUUAUUAAAAACUUGCUUGCUGAAAAAUCUGCAUGAAAUACAGUUUUUGAUUUCUGGAGAAACCGAGGAGGGGGGCAAAAGUCACACUGUCAAAAUGCUACUCUUUGCGAAGGAGACACUUUAAGGAUCCAGUGAAUCUGAGAGUGUUGGAAAGCAGAACCCUACUUUCCCCCCUUAUUCAAAAAUAGUGUCAGAUUGCUUACUUUUACACACUGCUUGAAUAACCUGACUGUGAAUAUGUAACUAUGAUUUCUCUCCUAGCCUUGCACGGAAUUAACCUUUUCCUGAAUAGUUCUCGCACACAGAUUUUACCUUGAUGUAUAUGUACCUUGGGGAUUAAUCUGAGUGUCCACACAUGUACACGUACUUCGAAUACUUUAUUCCUCUCGUUUUUAUUCCCGUCUUUUGUCUGUGUCUUUAUAAUUGCAACUUGAAAGCCAUCUAUUAAAUGUGAUGAUCUAGGCUCACUGGCAUGUUUUGUUACAUGGAAACCAUCCAUUCUGAGCAAAGAGUUAAUGAACUUUUAAGGCAAGGUUCACACUGGUCCUGACCCUCCUGGUAAUUUUUCAUAUAAGGUUACGGGUGGGAGAGAAAUCAAAUUUCAUCUGUGAAUUUGAUUGACAGGUGAGAGCAAGGAAGAGAAAGGCAUUUGGUCAGAUGGGGAAUCUUGGGGUAGGAGGACAAUUCCUCUGAGUUACUCCGGGAUAUUAGAUAUUAUAAGCGGAUAUAUGAAAAGUUCAAUACUUGAUACUCUUGGGAGAGUUACUUAGUGUAUAUUCAGAGAGUCACUUUGGCUAAGGGAUUUCAGUAGUGAAAGUCAAAAAUGGAGAGCUGCUAGCUUUCCUCUCUCUUGCUAAUUUCCACUAUGUACAGCGGGUGGCUCAUUUCUGGCAAUUUUCUAGCUAGAGUAGGAAAAUUAAAUCACACACCAUUUGGGAAGUCAUUUAAUUACCUUUCAUUUCUUCUCAGAAACACAGUCUGGAUUAUAUUAUGGUUCUUGGGCCUAUUACAAAAUAUUCAUCUUAAGCAGUAUCACAAAAAGAUUAAAUUCUCCUUUGCUGCAGCAUCUCCGAUCCUGACUC